CAUUCACUCAAACGACUCGGAUACAUAUAACAUUUGUCUAGUAUUGUUAACAAAGUGUAUUUAAUACUUAUUCAGUGCAUAUAAAUAUAAUUAUACAUGUAGCUUAAAAGUUGUUAAUAUUAAUCGUGUUUCUUUCUGUGUAUAUUACCUGUCAACGAUGGUUACUAAAGUGAUACCGCAAUCCAUCGAGUUUUUGGAUUUGAAACCAAGCGAUUUAAAAAGAUCACCGCUGCACUUGCUCAAAGUAUUAUGGCGAAGGAUAAUGAACAAAAUUUUUCGGCACUUCUUGGGAUGUAUAAUGUGGACAGCGGGAUGUUGCUGGUUACCAGUCUGCAAAAUUGCAUCCUCUGGAGAAGCCGGUAGAAAGAAAUGUCCGCCCAUUAAAAGCUCUCUUUUAUUAAUACCAGCAAUUGAACUUGCAGAACUUAUCAGAACAGGAAAGAUACGAAGCGAAGAUGUGGUUUCAGCCUAUAUAGAACGUUGCAAAGACGUUCAGCCCAUGCUGAAUGCUAUUGUUGAUUCGCGUUACGAUAAAGCAUUACGCGAAGCUAGAGAAGCAGACGAAAUAGUGGCUGGAGGAACAAUGUCUGUGCAGAAGAUUGCUGAAGAAAUGCCACUCUUGGGGGUGCCAAUUACUGUCAAAGAGAGCAUCAAAGUUCAAGGCCUUAGCAACACAUCGGGGCUCGUAUCGCGUCGUGAUGAGGUGGCUACAGAAGACGCAGAUGUAGUCCGGCAAGUGAGAGCCGCUGGCGGUAUAGUACUUUUGGUCAGCAAUACACCCGAACUAUGCAUGUCUUGGGAGACAUACAAUAAAGUUUCUGGUUUAACUAGAAAUCCAUAUGACUUAAGACGAACGCCAGCUGGUUCGUCAGGUGGUGAGGGAGCAUUAUUAGGUUCAGCUGCAUCCUUACUCAGCUUGUCAUCAGACAUUGGCGGGUCAUGUAGAUUACCAGCAAUGUUCAAUGGAGUAUUUGGACAUAAGCCUACACCCAGGGCCGUCUCGACGCGCGGUCAUAUGCCAAGUAGCGAUUCCAAAGACUGGCCAGAUUUCUUUACGAUAGCUCCUAUGUGCAGAUAUGCAUCCGAUAUACCGCUUCUACUAAGAGUUAUGUGCGAUCCAUCUGGUCCAAAACUUCAAUUAGGCUUACAGAUUCCGAUUAAGAGCAUUAAAGUAUAUUAUAUGGAAAAUGAUGGAAAUUCUGGAAUCACAUCCAAAGUCGACCCACAAAUCAAACAGGCAAUGAGAAAAGCAGUGAGCUACCUCGAAUCAAUCCAGGGUGUUAAACCAGUAAAGGUAAAUCUCAAGAAAAUGAAAAACGCUUUCGAAAUAGCGGCGACGAUGUUGUUGCGCAUAGAAGGAGUGGAUAGUAUUUACAAUGUGGAUUCAAAUCCAGGAACUACAAAAAGUAUUUUGCCUGAACUAUUUCGUUAUAUAACUGGCAGAUCAGAUUCAAUAUUUACACCGAUCAUGUACGGACCUCUAACGAAAAUUGCCAAAGCAGUUCCAGAAAAUAGAUAUAAGAUUCUAAGUGAAAUGAAUGAGGCUUUAAGAUUUGAAUUUCUAGAUCUGCUUGGUACAGAUGGCGUAUUUCUAUAUCCAACAUUUCCAUCGCUGCCUCAUUAUCACUAUGAGAUUUUUCAUAAAAUUUUAAAUUGUUCAUACAUGAUGAUAUUCAAUAGCUUAGGAUUUCCUGUAACUAAUUGCACAUUAGGAUUGUCGAAUGAAGGAUUACCAAUUGGAAUUCAGAUUGCAGCAAAUCCUUGCCACGAUCAUUUAACAAUAGCAACUGCGCAAGAGCUGGAAAGAGCGUUUGGUGGAUGGAUACCUCCGCCUUGUGCAAGUGAAUAAUGGAAAUUAUAUUUGUGAGCUAUACAGAAUUAUUGAAGUGAUUAUGUACAUAUCAAUGAAAGACUAUUAGGUGUACAACUAUUACUUAAAUAGAUGUAAUUUCAAUUAAAUACCAUAUAGUAAUACCAUGACGAUUUUAAAUUCAUUUUUAGAACCGAGU